CUUCUGAGUAAAUUCCUGCUGGCUGAAAAAGGAAACAGAAACGUGCACAGGAAAAGCGACCGUAUCUGCCAAUAAAUUAUUUCAAACAUUCACAUGCAUCGCACUACACUGCUGGGGCCGCCACAAGAUAACCUGUAUUUCCUCUCGGAUUCAGAAGAUGGGCUCCUAACCAUAUUCACUUCCUGCAACUAACGCUGCAACCGCAAUGAGCCACACUGCAAGCUCCCACAUGACAGACUCUGCAAGAGCAGAGGCGAGCCUCCUCUCGAGCUUGGGCCCUUCUCUGGACAGAAUGCGCUCCCCGGCCAGCCUGGCCACCCCCAGCCCGAAAGGGGGAACCCCGAACUCCAGCCCGCCCCUACUGCUGUCCCCGGGAUUCGGGGGAGGUGAGGGGGGAGACUGGGAGGGCCGGGAGGAGCUGCGUCUGCGGGAGCUGGAGGAGGCGCGCGCACGGGCAGCCCAGAUGGAGAAGACGAUGCGCUGGUGGUCAGACUGCACUGCCAACUGGAGGGAGAAGUGGAGCAAGGUCAGGGCGGAGAGGAACAAGGCCCGGGACGAGGUCCGGCAGCUGCGGCAGAGGCUGGACACCCUGACCAAGGAGCUGACCGCGGUGCGUAGAGAGAGGCAGGAGCUCGCCAAUGAGAACGAGCAGCUCAGGCAGGAGACUGGACGCCUCUGUGAUGACAGGACAACCCCCACCACCGACGCUACUACUAAUGCCCAGCCCUGUCUUGCUCUGAACCCACUCCCCUCCCAGACACUCAAUGACAAACUGAUCUCUGAGGGACUGGGGUCCCCUGAGCAGGAGCCCGUGCGGGACGUGGGGACGGAGAAACCCGAUAACAGCAAGGAGCUGGAGCUGCUGGAGUCCCUGCUGCGGGCAAAGGUGGCAGAGGGUCCAGAGAACAGGGACGGGCGCAGUGCGGGCAGCCUCCGCUCACCCCUCAGCCGCCAGGACCGCAGCCGGCUGCUCUGGGACGACGUGUCCAUCAUUGAGGAGGACACCAGCAAGGUCAACGCCCUCCAACUGCGCCUCGACGAAUCACAGAAAGUCCUGCUCAAGGAGAGAGAGGACAAGCUGUCUCUCAGUAAGAGCAUCGAGAAGCUGGAGGCCGAGCUCAGCCAGUGGAAACUCAAAUACGAGGAGCUCAACAAGACCAGGCAGGAGACCCUCAAACAGCUGAACCUGCUGAAGGAGGUGCACCAGGACGAGCUGGGCCGCAUGUCGGAGGUCCUGGAGGAUGAGUUGGGCUCCCGCUCCAGCAUGGACAAGAAGCUGGCUGAGCUGCGAGGGGAGAUGGAGAGGCUGCAGGCGGAGAACGCGGCGGAGUGGGGGCGUCGGGAGCGCCUGGAGACGGAGAAGUUGACGCUGGAGCGCGACAACAAGAAGCUGCGCACGCAGAUCGAGGACCUGGAGGAGCAGCUGGCGCACAAACGCAGGCAGGCGGCCAGCGCCCUCGACACCGACCUCAAGAGCAUCCAGAGCGAGCUCUUCGAAAGGAGCAAGGAGCUGUCAGACAUGCGGCACGUCCACUCCAAGUUGAAAAAGCAAUACCAGGAGAAGAUGGCGGAGCUGGUUCACGCCAAUAGGAGAGUGGAGCAGCACGAGGGGGAGGUGAAGAAACUGCGACUGCGUGUUGAGGAGCUCAAGAAGGAACUGGCCCAGGCAGAGGACGAGCUUGACGAUGCUCAUAACCAAACCAGGAAGCUCCAGAGGUCCCUGGAUGAGCAGACCGAGCAGUCGGAGAACACCCAGGUGCAGCUUGAACACCUGCAAUCCAGGCUGCGUCGGCAACAAAACCCAUCUCUGUUUGAUAAGAUUCGGAGCGGCAGGUUCAGCACUGAGGACCCAAAUGAGAUGGCCAGCGAUCCUGACGAGGAGGAAGAGGAGCUGCAGAUCCAGAUUCCCUAGUGGACAGACUCUCCGUGAGGCGUCAGCGACCUCAAAAACACACACACACACGCACAAGCACACACACACGGGCCAGUUGACCUUCUACGAGCGCUGUUACUCUCAUCAAUGGCUGACAAACUGGUGGAUCCGCUUAUAGUGCAGGUAUUGUGGAGGUCUGAGAGAGGAUGGCACAUGAUUUAACUUUGAAAAUUAUGUUUGUGCUGAAUUGGAACGAUGGGUGUCAGGAGAAGGCACAUUCAAAAGCAAUAAGACGUCAAGUAUAUUUAAAAACGCUGUCAGGGGACCAAGCCAUUGUCACAGUUACAGUGAACGUUAUUGAACUUUUAAUGAAUGUUACUGCAUUUUCUGUUUACCUGUGUAAAUACUUGGAUCCAGUUUGUGCAUAGCUCUACGGUGGUGUAUGCACCUCUUCGCUUGGUUCAUUGUAAUUGAGGUUGUAUAUUUUGAAGGGAUAGACACUGACCUCCUUAUUCCCCUUUGAGAGUGUUUCUUUACAUCUGCAGGUCAAGUCUACAGUGACAGAUCUUUGAAGUUGCAGCAAUAAUAGAGCUCAUCUUUCAGAAAAAAACAGUGUUUGCUGAUUCUGUUUAUACAAUAUCAGUGCAGUGAAAUUGCAAGCUGCUCGCUUCCAAAUGUUUGAACACAGGGUUACCUGGUCCACUUAUUGGAAAUGAGGACAUUAAUAUCUGAUUACAGGGAUGUGAGGUCAUCAUUGACCGCCCCCACAAGCAACAGCUGUUACCAUGGAAACUAGAUAAGUCAGGCCUUGUAGGGAAUGUGACUCUUGAGCGAGAGAAAUGGAUAUGUACGUUUUUAAUUUAAUUUAAAAUACUUGAGUGUUAUUUAUAGAUGGGUUGGCUAAUUUCUAAAUCCAACCCUUAUUUGAUGGUGGUGUACUGUGUCAUCAUCAACAACAGUAUAGUCACCGGCAAAUGUGUUCUGAUCGAAAAAAAAAAAAUUGCUGCUGCUGACAUCUGGUCAAAACUGCUUGCAGCUCUCCCUGGAGGUUGACCUCAGAUGGCAACCUCCAAUCAGAUCACAGAUAUAGCUUACACGAUUGUUGCUGAAUGUAUCUGAAUUAAGAUCAACUUCUGGCAGACACCAUCACCAUGCUACACUUUAUUCUGAUACUGACUCUCAGUUUAACAGAUGUUCAUUUCAUAAAAUUACCCAACAAUUACGAGGGGAGAUUAGUUUCGACUAAUGAUGUAAAUGUCUUCACAUGACCUUUGUUCAUUAUCUGAUUGUGCAUUAGACAGUGAUCCAUAGUGGGUUAAUGUCGGAGCUCCUCCACUGUUUAUGGGAGCAGGGAGAAGGUGAUGUCGUGCUGCAGGGAAACACUUCCACUUGUCAAUCUCAGUCAGUCAUUCCCCAGUAUAUUGGAAGCACACAUCAUCAGCCACUUGAAGUGAUUUCUUCAUACAAGGUACAUGUUGCUUGACAUAUGCACAGCAUACCUAGGGGAUAAAUUGGACCCUUUGUAAUUCUUCAGAUGUAGAAAAAUAGAAUUAUAAUCUAGAAUUAAAGUAAUUGAAUUGCCAUUAAAAUAAUGCAUUUGUAUUGCUGCACCCUGGGUUUGGUCAUGAUCAUGUACAGUAUAAAUCCAUGUACUGUUACUCUGUAAAUGUGCCCCAGAGGAUCUGGGUUUAAAUCUCAUUUUAGAUUGCACUCUGGUCUUAUUGAGGGUGUGGGUAAAUGCAAUAUUGCUGGACUGCAGUAAAAUGAAAGAUCAUUGUGCUGGCUUUCAUCUCGCAGCUGAUCUGAUGUGGAGGCAACAGCAGACUUGCAUAUAAACCCAUUCUGAGUAUUUCAAUAUGGAAUAGCUAUGAAAUGAUGAAAUGAUUUAAGUUUUACUUUUAUUUUAAGAUUUUUUUUUUUCCUGCUGUUGAGGGAUGGAUACAAUAACAAAAUUUUUAUAUAUGUAUAUUAUUAGUUUCUUUAUCAGACACCUUUAUCCAAGGCGACUUACAGAGACUAGGGUGUGUGAACUAUGCAUCAGCUGCAAAGUCACUUACAGCAACGUCUCACCUGAAAGACCGAGCUCUAGGAGGUUAAGCGAGUCGGUGAAUGAGCCGGGAUUUGAACAGGGGACCACCUGGUUACAAGCCCUUUUCUUUAACCAGUUAAAGCAGUUAUGGAGACUGCUCUAUCUCGCUUGCGUGCGAUUCUGUCACAACAAAAUCUGCAAACACGACUGGAGUAUUGCUGCUGGCAGUCUUUAGCAGUAUUACAGCAGUUCUUUCCUUUCUGAAGCCUUACUCUGUGUACUUGCUUUGUGAACAGUUAGUACUGUAGACCACAAUGGCUGGCUUGGAAAGGUGUGUUACAAUUAGUAACACAAUCUCUCGGACGACAUUAGAGCCCUCAGGAGAGCUACGUCACCCCAGCCCAUUAUUCCAGUAAGUUUGUUAUGGCUUAACACUAACUAG